ACCCAUGCUCAAGGGAAAGUGGGAAACGCUCGAAGAGGGGAGAGGAGACAGCGGUCCUAUGUCCGUGUGGUCGUGCGGACUGCGGACUUCUCUUCCUCAUUCCAUCCCCGCUGCCCCAUCCGGCCAUCCCACAGCGAAUCUCCCAAACCCCGGCUCCCUCGAUUCCCAAUCCCACCCCUGCCACGAAGAGAUCAGAUGACGGCGAGCUGCUGCUGAUCGAGUGCAGUGGAAUCGGAGGCGAUGCGGGCUAGCCGGCCGGCGGUGCACCCUGUGGAAGCGGCCCCUCCGCCGCCGGCCGCGGCGGCGGAGGGGCCGGAGGCCCAGGUGGAGGGUGCCGCGCACCCGCGCGGGGUGCGGAUGAAGGAUCCGCCUGGGGCACCAGGGACACCUGCGGGGCUUGGUCUACGCCUUGCGCAGGCCUUCUUCGCAGCCGCUGCGCUCGCCGUCAUGGCGUCCACCAACGACUUCCCGUCCGUCUCUGCCUUCAGGGUGGAGUUUGAAAUAGAGGAUGAGAUAGCAGAUCUGCUGGAGAUGGCCUUAAUAUGCUACCUUGUCGCAGCAGCCAUUUUGCAGUGCUUGUGGAGCCUUUUGCUAGCCUUUGUCGACAUUUAUGCACUUCUUGUCAAGCGAUCGUUGAGAAAUGCCCGAGCUGUAUGUAUAUUUACUAUCGGAGAUGGGAUCACAGGUACAAUAACCUUGGGCGCGGCAUGUGCUUCAGCAGGAAUCACUGUUCUCAUCGGUAAUGAUCUCAACAUAUGUGCAGAGAAUCACUGUGCAAGUUUCGAGACCGCCACAGCAUUGGCUUUUAUAAGCUGGUUUGCGCUGGCGCCAUCCUGUAUCUUGAAUUUCUGGUCGAUGGCCUCCAGAUGAUAAAUAUAGGAUGUUAUAAAACAUAGUAUUUUUGAAUGGUUUCUGGACAAGGUCGCUGCUUAUGGUAGCAGCAAAGCAACGCGGUGCCGUAAAGCUAAUUGUAAUACCCAGAAAUUGUUGAAUGGCUGUGGAAUGUAGCACGUGGUCGAAUUGUCUGUACAAAAUACGGAGAGGCCUUCUUUGGAUCUGAAAAAGGCUUCUGAAUCUUGCCAGUCCUUCCUUUUUACGUUAACAUGUUUCUCCUGUGUGGUUUGUUGUAUUGUACGAUGGCAUGCCUAAAUGGCUCGAGAUGAUUGUUUUUAUGAGUUGUUGGUAUCACGCAUAUAAGUUU